CCUAGAAUAAAAUAUUUGUUCACAAUAACCUUUUUUUGUCGUAUACGCAUUUAUUUAAACAUGUUCUUACUAAUCGACUAUUUAUAAAAUAUUGAGUUUAAAUUGAACUUGGCAUAAUGGAAGCAAGAAUUAGUCAUCAUAUACAAGGUAUAUCUAUGCUAAGCAGAAAAACUGUUCCUCCGACAUUGAAUAAACAUCUAACAAAUAAAAUAUUUAAUAAACCCAACAAAGAAGCCAUGGAACAGGUAUUAUAUUAUCUGCUUCCAUUAACAGAUCCAAAUUGCUUAAAAACUGUACCUUGGCCAAUAACUAAUUUUAAAGAAGCUGCUGAAUUCCGUAAUACCGCAACACUCCUAAUUAAUGGUUUAGAUGGGUUUGUCUAUGAAAAAUCUUCAAAUGUUGUUUCAAAAGUUAAUUCAUCAUUAUUAGCAAAUCCUGGUGGCCAUGUCUUUAUUUUUUUUAUGUAUCAAUUUUGUUUAUACAUAAAGUGCUGUGAAUUAAAAAAAAAAGGAAUUAUUUUUUUAAAUGCACCACUUUAUGUUGAAGACAAGUUUAUUGACAAAAAAAUAUCAAUGUUUAAUGGAAUAUCAAAUUGUAAUUUUAAUGAAGUAAAUGAAAUAAUUUCUCGAGUUGGUUGUAUUCUUAAAAAUACUACAGGUAUAGCUGUAAAAUAUAAAGAAAUCAUUCAAGAUAGUAAGCAACGUAUUAAAGAUUUUAAAUCUGAAUUACUUCAUAUUGAGCAUUGUGAAGCAACUGCAAAUGAAGUCUCGGAAUUAAAACAAAAAUGUAUUAAUUUGUGUGCAAACUUUCAACAAAAUAAAUUAAUUGCUCUGAAGUGUGCAAGAUUAACUGAUAUUAUAUUAAAAACUCCAGAAACUUUGGAUGCCAACAUAAUUAAUUUAACUUUUAAUAUAAAUCAAGAAGAAUUAAUGGACAAUUAUGGAAAAGUUGAUCUGGUUAAAUUCCUUACAAUCAUAAAAAAUACUUUAAAUGGUUAUAUAAAUUGGUGUGAACAGCUAAAUGACGAAGAAAAUAUUAAUAUGAUGGUUAAAGAAUCACAACAAUCAGUUAUUGAUAUGACCGACCAAAUUCUAUCUUAUGAGAAACAUAUAAACAUUUUAAAUAGCAUAGUUGAUAAUUUAAAAAUUGAAAAUCAAGUAUUAUACAAAGAAGUAUUUUCUAGCAAAAGUCUUGAAAAUCUCGAUCCAAGAAUACAAUCAGUGUACAAAAUUAUUUCUCCAAUAAUUUUAAAAACAGAUUUCAGUGAUAAACCGAAAUUAAUGACUUCAAAAGAAAGUAAUAAAUCAAGGCGAUCAAUUUUACUACAUUCUCUAAGUCAACCAUAUAAGUAUCAGACAAUAAAUUUUGAUACCAUUAGAUGUGUGUAUAAUGAAACAUUACCAAAUCCAAUUAAAGAAGAUAAUAUACAAGAAGAAAUGGUGGAAGAAAAUAAUGAAUUACAUGAAGCAGAAGUUAAAAUAUUACAAAGUUAUGAAAUUGGAAACUUGCAGGAUAAAACGUAUGCUACUCUUGAAAAUCAACCUGUAUAUACCACGGAUAUUGCAAUGAUGAAUGAAACUGAACAUAAGAAUGGCCGCAAAUCUCAAAUUAUAAAAGAUGAAAUUAAAAGUGUAUCUAUUUCACGAAAAUCAAUUGAAAACAUAAAGCAGAAGUUUAGUAGAAUUAAAAAAGAAGCAAUGAGUACAAUUCCUCAUUCACCUCAGUCACCAUUUUAAAUGCAUUAAGUAUCAAUGUAUAAUUUUAAUACAACAAAUAAAUUAACUAUAUAAUUUUAUUGUUAAUAGUAAAAAUUAUUAUAAUAUCAAUUAGUAUACAUAGUACAUAACAAUGUUGUAGUAAUAAGUACCUACCUGUAUGUCAAAAAUUAAAAUAAAUAUAUAAAUGUUAACUAAUCCAAGUAUUUGUAAUAAACAAUUCUUAAAUAACCUACACUUAAAGUAAGAUUCUGUUCCUCAACUAUGAGUUGUGAAUUGAUAUUUUCAUCAUAUCACAAUAAGAUUUUUUUCCAGGUUGGUAACCAGCUAGCUACUUUUAUGUCACACCAUGUUACAAUUAUUACUAUUAAUAUAAAUUUAUUUUCAUUGUACAAUUUACAUUGAUUGUAUAGAAAUAAAAAAGAUAGUUUUAAUUUCA